AUGCCCUCGGGUAGGCCAGGGGGAGGGGGCAAGGGUGGGAAGGGGGUAAAGGGAUCUAGUAGACUAAGAGUAGGGUCGUGGAACAUAGGGUCACUGACGGGUAAGUCCAUAGAGUUAGGGAAUAUUCUACAUAAGAGGGAGAUUAAUAUAGCAUGUGCUCAGGAGACUAGAUGGAAGGGUACAAGGGCUCGGGAUGUUAACGGGUUUAAGUUAUGGUAUUCAGGAGGAGGAACAUACAAGAACUGGAUAGGUAUUUUAGUUGAUAUGGAUCUCAAGAAGAUGGUGGUGGAUGCUAGGAGGGUAAAUGAUAGGGUAAUGAGUAUUAAGCUAGUGGUUGAUGGGGUCACUUUUAAUGUGAUUAGCGCUUACACGCCUCAGGUGGGCCUAGGCGAGGAGGUUAAAAGGCACUUCUGA